UUAUUUAUUAUUAAGGAGGCUCGUUUAUCUCGCAUCUCCCCCGCUCGGUCUCGCCUCCUGACACCUAAACCCUCCUUGAACCCUCCACAGUCCACACUCCUUCCCAAUUCGAUUUCCCUGCACUGACUGAGUUUUUCAGCAGAGAAAAUGAGUUCAGUCGCUGCCAGAUUCGUCAAGUUUAUGAGGGUCUCCGUUCCUUCCUCGCCUACCUCCUCAUUUGCAGUUGGUGUGCAAAGAAGCUCAAAGUUGUGGUUCUCGAGCACCCCAUCUGAUUCUGACAUUGGUAACGAUGACACAAAGAACAAUGUGGCAGAAGAUGAUUUUGAUGACUUUAUUGGUGCGAAGAAAGAUGUGAAUUUGCAACCCCAAGGUGUUGAUCCCAGGAGGGGAUGGGGAUAUCGUGGUGUGCACAAGGCAAUUAUCUGUGGAAAAGUUGGGCAAGCCCCUGUGCAAAAGAUCUUGAGGAAUGGUCGAACUGUAACCAUCUUCACGGUUGGGACAGGAGGCAUGUUCGACCAAAGGGUAAUGGGAGCAAAGGACUUGCCAAGACCUGCUCAAUGGCAUCGAAUUGCUGUGCAUAAUGAAGCACUUGGGGCUUAUGCGGUUAAACAAGUGGUUAAGAAUGCAUCAAUUUAUGUCGAGGGUGACAUUGAAACUAGAGUUUACAAUGACAGCAUCAAUGGUGAAGUGAAACAUAUUCCAGAGAUAUGUAUUCGUCACGAUGGGAAGCUUCGUCUUAUAAAGACUGGAGAAAGCAUCAGCAGUAUAUCCUUGGAUGAUCUGCGAGAAGAUUUGCUUUAGCUAAUGGAACAAUUGAUUGGCACAUUUGGGAAAACUCUGCUUUGGAAACGAAACCUAGCUCAAGCCACUUUUGUUAAACACAUGUUACAUUUGCGUGUCCAGUCUGGUUGUAACCCGGGAAAGAAAAAUUUAUGGAGUUUUGUUCUUCUAAUGUGUUGAUAUAUCACUCAGUUUAUUAGUCUGCUCUUCGUUGCUUUCUUACUCCAGUGAGUGAAGCCAUUUAUCCUUUCCUCUCGUUCGGAGAACGGAGCGUUCUUAACGAUUGAGAUCUUGUAAAGAUUAUUAAUGUUCUUAAAUCCCAUUAAUGAAGUUAUAUAUUGUUCCUUCAACCA